AGCCAGUCCGCCAUGGACGUGUUACUUAUCAACUGCGACAAUACCUACUCGCUAGAUCCUGUGGAGGAGUUGGUCAAACUUGCUAAUCCAAAUAUUCGGGUCGACAGACAAUAUUGUAACGUGUCAGAGUUACAGGCGGUGAGUGAGGAAGUCAGGCGGCGGCAGCAGCUCCUGUGCGGGGUGUUUGUAGUGAACGCCUACGAGUCACGUCUGAGUAUUAACGAGGAAAACGCCGGGAUCGGAUAUGCUGUGUUGUACAAUGCAUUACUGGAGGCAGCUAAAGGACGAGUGGUUGUUGUGAUCGGCGGAGAUGACAGGUACAAGGAAGGAGAGCAGGACUCCAGCGUCCUGUCCACCUGGGCCUACCACAAGAUCGCCGCACAGUUUGACGACUCGUACCUGGACGGCAGGCGAGGCUUCGUGUUCUCCUGGGACGAGCGGCACAACCCGGUUCACGAGGAGGCUCUCGGACGGUACUUUGUGGCUAUCUCGUUAAAGCAAUGUGGCCUAGAGGAGCCCUUCAAGCCGAAGGUCCCUUUGAAAUCGGAAAAAACAUUGGCGACUACCCAAAGCACAGAAUUUAAUGUCCCAGAAAAGCAAGCUCCAACGCACAGAAUGGUACAUGACAAUACGGGAAAACCCGGAACGGUAGAUGGAAAUUCCUCUGAAAAUCAGGGCAAAUGUGAUGAAUCGGUCGAUUACGGCACACAUGAUGUACAAGAUGAUUUGGUCGAUUACGGCACACAUGAUGUACAAGAUGACUCAGUUCAGGGUGCAUCAAAUCAAUUUGGCCCAACGAUCAACAAUCCAAGGCAAACAAACCCAGUGUUACGGUAUGGAAAAAGCAAGAAACCCGUGCCGGAACAGGGUGCUUGUCAAAGUAAGACACCCACCUUAGGUAUCCCUAACUUAGUCGAAGGAAAAGAGGAGAAUGUAGCAAUGUAUGUAAAGAAUAAAAUAGAAAAAGAGACCAAACAGAGAAUAGUAAAAGUUAUUGAGAUCUAUGUUAAUAAAAUCUUGAAGAAUCGGUAUGAUUACACGGAAGGGGGUGAGUUCCUUAUCCCAGAUUACUUCCGAAAACAUAUCGAUGGUAAAAAGGAAGAAGAAAAGGUUCUAGUUGCUGUUAUUAUUGAUGACGGUGCUCAGAAACGUCCACCAAAAGAAGAUCUAGGAUUAAAAAUUCUCAGUCUGGAUGAGCUUAAGAAAGAUCUUCCUCCUUACUUUUGGCAAGGAGGAUGCACUCGUACGACACACUGGUACGAUGAUAUCAGGCCAAUCAGGUUCAUUUGUAAACGACUAAGUGAUGAUGGUUUAUGAGGUGGUUAACACUAACGUCAUUAUUAUAACACCAACAGACAGAUCAAAUCAAUCCAGUAUCUGCAUGAAUGGAAGGAGAUUAUUCUCGCGAUAUUUAAACAUAUUUGUGAUAACAUUAUGUAUAGAAUGAUGUUGCAACGGCAAUGCUAACAAUGCGCAUAGACAGUGAAAAAAUUAAACCAGAUUUUGUUUAAGUUAGAGAAGAUAGCUAAUGCAUCUACGUUGAUUCACAUUUUAACCUGCAUGAGUAGCCGAACAACUUCUUUGUCUACUUGGCAAAUUACAUGCCAACAAGACAAUCAUAUUGUCACAUUGUAACUUAUUGUGACCUGUUAACUGCAUAUGUUCAUCAUGUUUUUUUCUUACCUUUUUUAACCCAG